CAUUAAAAAAAAUGACAUAAAAUAUUGACAUUGCUAAAAAAAAAUUGUUAUCAGAAUCAUUUUUUUUUUUUCUACAAACAUAUUUGAUACUAUAAUCUGUUUGAUGUUCUGUUUUAAAAAAAUCGUCAGCUUAUGUAUUACAAUUGAAGACAAAUUCUCGACAAAGAGAUUUUAAUAUUCGUCAAGGGAACAAGAUUUUUAUUUAAAAGGAAAUGAUGAAUUUUGUUUGUGUCAAGGAUUAUGAGGAAAAGGCUCUAAAUCUUCUGUCGCCGAAUAUUAGAGAUUUUUUCCGAGGUGGAUCAGGAGAAGAAAGUACAUUAAAAUGGAAUCGAGAAGCCUUUAGAAAAAUUCGAAUUUUACCGAGAAUGAUGAGGAAUGUUAAGAAUGUUGAUAUCACCACGACUAUUUUGGGAGAAAAAGUUUCAAUGCCUUUGGGAAUUUCACCAACAGCUAUGCAAAAAAUGGCCCAUCCCGAUGGCGAAUGUGCCAAUGCAAAAGCCGCAGAAGCAGCGGGAAUAAUUUACACUCUCUCGACAUUAUCAUCAGCUUCAAUAGAAGAAGUUGCGAAAGCGGCUCCAAAGUGCAUUAAAUGGUUUCAAAUUUAUGUAUUUCCUGAUAGAAAAUUAACUCUUGAUUUGGUGCGUCGUGCGGAAAAAUCUGGAUACAAAGCAUUAGUAGUAACAGUCGAUUCGCCAACAGCGGGAAAUAGAAGAAAUGAAUUACGAAAUAAUUUCAAGAAACCUCCACAUAUAAAAUUUGCAAACUUAGAAGACUAUUCAUUGGAAAAUAGUUUCAAUAAUAAUUAUCCCUAUUCACUGCGUUUGGAUUCAUCGCUCUCGUGGAAAGAUAUUUCGUGGCUGAAAAAACAUACAUCUCUACCUAUUGUAAUAAAAGGAAUAUUGACUGCUGAAGAUGCUCUUCUUUCGAUAAAAUAUGGUGCGAAUGCAAUUUUAAUUUCAAAUCAUGGAGGUCGACAAACUGACGGUGCACCUGCAACGAUUGAAGUUUUGCCGGAAAUUGUUAAGGCAGUUGGAGAAAAGGUUGAAAUUUAUGUCGAUGGUGGAUUUUCUCAAGGAUCUGACGUUUUUAAAGCCCUUGCCUUGGGAGCUAAAAUGGCACUUUUCGGAAGACCGAUAUUAUGGGCCUUGGCCUGUGAAGGUGAAAAAGGAGCAAAAAAUAUUUUGGAAAUAAUGAAAAAAGAUAUUAUUCUCAUGUUUACUUUAACAGGAUGCAGAUCCAUAAAGGAAGUUACUAAAAAUAUGAUUUGCCAUGAAUCCAAAUUUAGUCGGCUUUAAAUUAUAUAAAAAAAAGAACCUCAUUCAUAAAAUAUUUCUUCUUUUGUUUAAAAAAAUAUUAAUUUUUAAAAUUUAAUAUAUAAUAUUGGGAAAACCUUUAAAAAAACAAAAUUAAUUUAAGUUUAUUAUAAUUUUAUUAAUAUCUUACGAUAUGUUGAUGAUAUUUUACAUAUUAUAGUAUGUAGAAAAUAGUAAUAAUUAAAAAAUACAAAUAGUUCAAUAAGUUAGACAAUAAUUAACAGCCGAUGUAAUUGAUUAUUAAUUAAUCAACAGCCUUAUGUAUUAUCACUUGUUAUAUUUUAAAUAUUUACGAAUAAUUUCCUUCAUUUAAGGCACAAUUAUUUAUAUAGUAAAUAAAACAGAAAAAAUUCAAAUUUAAUUUCACAUAUUUUUCAUUAGUGCCCUUUUCUAAAAAUAG